AGGGGUCAUUGAAAGCAUCACGCGUUCACGUUCAGAUUCAGAUCUGAGAGUCGAAAACGAGAAGAAGACGGAGACGUCCUGGAAAGUUACCAUGCCGACCCAGAUGGGCUGAAGAUGCCAGGUAACCCCUGCCUGUGGACACCGCUCCCUCAGAGCAGCCCGAGUCCAUGUGACCGCUACAAGCACGCCUGCUGCAGCUACGAUGGGGAGGUCUACGUCCUGGGGGGAAGAAGCAGCAGCUGCCUGGGAGACUUCUGGAAGUACUGCGUUGUGUUGAAUAAAUGGACCAGGCUGAGCUGCUCGGGCGAAGCUGCACCAGAGGAACUGGAGCAGCACUCUAUGGUGGCUCAUAAGGGUUUCCUGUAUGUGUUUGGAGGCAUGUGGGAUUCUGCAUACACUGGCCGGCGAUGCCCCCUGUGGGUGUUUGAUGUCGUAAAUCAGAAGUGGGUUCCCUGCCAGGGGAAGACCAGCUCCCCUCAGAGCCAAAGGCCGACCAACCGGAAAGGACACAGCGCCGUGGUGCUCGGCUCUGCCAUGCUCGUCUAUGGAGGCUUCAUGGACUUAAAGGGAUCCCUGCAGGACUUUUGGAGUUUAAACCUCAAUACAACGGCAUGGUCUGGCCUCAGCGGUUCUGAUCGGUCCGUUCCUGGGCCCAGACACAAUCACUCCGCCGUGGCCUACCAGAACUGCAUGUUCCUGUUUGGAGGCCUGAAGGGUCUGUGGGAGCAAAAGGACUUCUGGAGGUGGAACAGCACCAAUCACACGUGGACCUGCCUCAAGCCGGGCCCCCCUCGGCUGAUGGGCCACGCCGCCGCGACCUACAGGGACAGCAUGCUGCUGUUCGGAGGCGGCGAAAGCCAGAGCUCUCCCAGCAGGACUCUGUGGAGGUACAGCUUCUCCUCCCACAGCUGGAGCCAGGUGGCCUCGCUCCCAGGCUCCGACGCUCCGGACCGGAUUCACCACUGCUGCGUCGGGCUCGGCCGCAGCUACGAGCCCGACGGCGGCUCCGGAUCGGCACUGCAGCCGCAGGAUGCCAAACCCAGACAUUUCAAAAACAGGUGCUUCCCCGUCUCCCACUCGGACAUAGAGAUGAAGACAUUCAGCAAAAUGUCCUCAGACGUGGACACACAGAGCGACACUAAGCCUGAUCCCCCGCUGACGGAGAACAGCUUGACGUUUGAGAAUAAAGCCUUCAGGAGGCAGUGGAGCUGCGCCGACGAGCUGCUGCUGGACCAGGAAGACGCAGACAUCUUAAAGAACCUGCCUGACACGCUGCUGCUGCUGGGAGGACGACCUUACUGCAGACACAGUCCCAUCUGCGUCUGGAGUAUGACCCUGACCGACUCCUAACAGCCGCCGAACCUUUACUGACAUAACAAUGCAAAAUAUUAACAAGUAUUUUAGAUUAUAAUGUGAAAGAUGGAGGUAAAUUAGAUAAAAACCAGCUGAAACAGAGCAUUCCUCUAUUCUAAUGAGGCUCUUUUGACAGGAGCUCACACUGCAAACGUCACUAAAUAUUACCAAGUAUUACUGUUUGGCUUUCACUGCAAUUAUCUUAGUGCGCUUGAAAUAAGGCAAAACUAACUUCCCAGAAACUUUCAGCAGGAUAACGGAGUCUAAUUCCUUAGCAUA